CAGACGGUUCUGGAAUAGCUCCAGCCUCUCUGGACAGGCUGUUCCAGUGCUCAGUCACACGCACAGCAGUAAGUUCUUCCUCGUGUCCAGGUGGAACUUCCCGGGAAUCAGUUUCUGCCCGUUGUUUCUCAUCCUGGGAGCAUUGUUUUGAAGAAUGUCUGGAAGUUUCUACUUCGUCAUAGUUGGUCAUCAUGAUAAUCCCAUAUUUGAAAUGGAAUUUCUGCCUCCUGGAAAAGUCGAGUCAAAGGAUGAUCAUCGCCAUCUCAACCAGUUCAUUGCCCAUGCUGCUCUCGACCUCGUAGAUGAGAACAUGUGGCUUUCUAACAACAUGUACUUGAAGACUGUGGACAAGUUUAAUGAAUGGUUUGUUUCUGCUUUUGUCACAGCUGGACAUAUGAGAUUUAUAAUGCUUCAUGAUGUAAGGCAAGAAGAUGGAAUUAAGAACUUCUUUACUGAUGUAUAUGAGCUGUAUAUAAAGUUUGCAAUGAAUCCAUUUUAUGAACUCAAUACUCCUAUUCGAUCCACUGCCUUUGAAAGGAAAGUCCAGUUCCUUGGGAAGAAACACCUUUUAAGCUGAAUAAAUAAAUCUCCUGAGUGAGUGCUUUUUCCCUACUUUCCUGGUUGUUUGAACUGUACUUCAUCUGGUUAGUCCCCUGCAUGUUUUAUAUUCAUCUUCUGAAGACUGACUAAUUGGAUGCUGAAGCAGCUUUUUCUUUUGCUGAUAUGGAUAAGAACAGCCAAGCUUCUCUGGCUAAAAAAAGGUGUAUCUCAAGAAGUUUCCUUUUAUGUGAUAUGAAAAUAAAGUUUUAAACUGUCAGAGGCUGCAGAGGUACAAAGGAAGAAACUGAGACAUUGUGUAUUAAUGCAUAUGCGAAGUGUAAGCCUCUGACAGAGGGUAGGAGGAAAUCAGACCUAAAUGCAAAAGAUGUUCACCAGUCAUCUGGUUUAAUACGAGCAAAAGGGCCUAAGUGAUUAAUUUUAUAAUAAACUUUCCUAGUUGUAUUCCUUCAGUAGAAGGCUCACUCUGCAGACUAACCAGACUAACAUUACACUCUGUGGCAGUAAAUCAAGCCUCUAUUUAUUGAUGUGUAAUUGUAUGUAUAUAAAGUGCUCAAUAAAAAAAUAGAAAAAUCAGAAAA